UCUUUUCUAAUCAAAUCCAUUUACACAGAAGAGUAGGGUUUUUGUUGGUGGCCUUUGACAAGAGAUUUGAGAUGGCGCUUAGAGGAGUAUGGCAGCUCCAGAAGCUGGUAGUGAGCUACUGUAACUGGGGAGGUAGCAGUAGAGGCAUAAGAUCCUUUAUGGAAUCAGAAUUGCCUGCGCUGAUAGAGAAAAAUCCACAGCUCGAAGUGGUAACCGAGCUUUCAAGGGGGCAACAUCCUUACCUCAAGGGCAUAUACAGGAAUAGAAAUGAGAGGGUGGUGUGUGUGAAGAACCUGGAUCCUGAACAAGUGCUUCUGAAUGCAACGAGGCUUAGGAACUCUCUUGGAAGGAAAGUGGUGAAGCUGAGGACUAGGCAUGUGACUAAACACCCCAGUGUUCAAGGCACAUGGACAACCGCUGUCAAGUUCUGAGUCUUUCUUUGCUAAAAUAGUAUCAGGAUUCAUCCUUGUUAUCUUUACAUUCGCAAAUCACAAGUUGUUUCUACUCUUAUUUGGACGAAGAUUCAGCUUCAAAUGUUUGAUUUUUUUCUGUCUUAUUAAUAAAUUCAGGAGAGGUUUAUGGUAAA